AUGGUGCAAGGUCUGAAUAUUGACAGCAGUUUUCUGGGUUGGCUGCUUUGCUCCCCCUCCUCCCUCCCUACUUUUGACACUCUACUUUGCCCAAGUCUUCUGUUCCCUGUUGACCAUGCUGUCAUUCUUCCCAAGGUACCCAAAGUUGGGAAUCUGCCCCUGACUACAGAAGUUCUCAAAAGCCUUGCAGCAACUCCAGCACAAGAGAAGAAACCUCAAGUGGCCUACAAAACUGAAAUCAUCGGAGGAGUGGUGGUGCACACACCCAUCAACCAGAAUGGUGGGGAUGGGCAGGAAGGGAACGAGCCUGUGUCCCAUGCCAUCCUCCGAAGGUCUCAGAGUUACAUCCCCACAACAGGCUGUCGUGUUCCCAGCGGACCCCCCCUCAUUAAAAGCGGCUACUGUGUGAAACAAGGGAAUGUGCGCAAGAGCUGGAAACGACGUUUCUUCGCACUUGAUGACUUCACCAUCUGCUACUUCAAGUGUGAGCAGGACAGAGAACCAUUGCGAACUAUCUUUCUCAAGGAUGUUCUUAAGACCCACGAGUGUCUGGUCAAGUCUGGAGAUCUCUUAAUGAGGGACAACCUCUUUGAAAUAAUAACAAGCUCCCGGACCUUCUAUGUGCAGGCAGACAGUCCAGAAGACAUGCACAGCUGGAUUAAAGAAAUUGGGGCAGCUGUCCAGGCCCUCAAGUGCCAACCCAGAGAACUGUCCUUUUCUAGAUCCACUUCUUUGACUCGCUCUGGAAGCUCCAGUCUCUCCGCUAUGCCCAGCUCCCUACUGAACAGAGGGAGGCCUGGAGAAGAGAAAAGAUCCCUCUGCAAAGCUCCUACUGUGGCCUCUUCCUGGCAGCCUUGGACACCUGUCCCCCAGGCUGGGGAAAAGCUGCUUCCAGCUGAAGAGACUCCUGAGGACUCCUUGUUCACAUCUCGGCUUGGGGAGAGCAACAUCUCUGGGAUGCUAUCUAGCUCCCGCAUAAGGCACAGAUCAGAACCCCAGCAUCCCAAGGAGAAACCAUAUAUUUUCAACCUGGAUGAUGAGAACAUACGGACCUCUGAUGUGUGAUGGCACACAGUGCUGUAGAAGGGAGGCUGGGGGCUGGCAAAGCAAUGAGGCCAGGACUCUGUUCCUCUACCUGUUGGAGUAUAGUCAUAGGCCUUAGUGGUAUUCAUCUUCCUGUGAAGGCUAUGUGGGAGAGGCCCAGCCAGCUGACUUGUUAUUGUUUUAUAAUAUCAGUAUUUAAUUUGAGGGCUUCACUAGAUUAGGCCUGUAGGCAUGUGCAGUGGAGAGCUGGCUGCCCUUUGUCCCACUGUUUCCUCAUCUUCCUGGUAAGAGGAAGUUGGAAGUCCAACUUCAGCCGCUAAGUAACAUUUAUUGCCUUGUCCUUGUUUCAUUUUUUUUCCCUUCAACUUUUAAGUCAGGCACAGAAUCAUAGGCCAGUUAUCUGGGUCUUAUCCUAUUCCUGUUUAUUGGCUGAAGUUUGACUGUGAAAUAGGGUGGAGGCUGGAAGCUGGAAGGAAAAAGAUUCCCGCUGCAGCUUGCCUGGGGGUACAUUUUGAAGGAGGUGUUAAGAUCUGGGGACUGGUGAGUGGUCCUCAGGAAGUCUACCAGGGGGUCGAUUCCCCCAUACAACCUCCUUAGGGGAAGAAAUAGGGACUUAUGGACAGGUCUAGGGUGUGGUUCUUCACUGCAUCUGGCAAUUUGGGGAUUUACUCUGUUCCUUUCUAGAUGUCCUUUGGCCCUAACACUGUCAGUGUGACAGACCAGCUGAAGUUACUCAUUUUUUUUGUGUGUGUGUCAGCCCCAAGGAUGGUUUUUAUCAGUGUUCAGUCUUGUGACUAUUGAGAACAGAACAGGCAUUUCCCUUGAUUAGUUGUUAUUUGGAAUGUGCAGAGCUGAUCAAUUUGUGAUAAUUCAUAUGUGUGGCAUACAAUAGAUCAGUUCUCUGCUAGAGUUUUAGAUUUGCUUUAAAGCAUAUACUAGGAAGAAAAAGAUCAUAGUUCAUUCUGGCUAGGCUGUUAUAAUCCAUGUUUUCCAGACAGAAAAAAAGGUCUGUUUUAAGAAAGGUAUCUUGUAUCUUUGCUUCAUUUGCUCUUUUUAAUGUGCCAAUAGCAGUCUGAUUUUAAGUGCUGUAUUUGUAUACCUAGGAAGACUGGCUUUCUUUUCAUUCUCUGUGCUGCCCUUUGAGUGAAGUCUCCUGUACUUGCAUGAUCACAUCUUGUAACCUUGCAACAAGGUUUCAGUGUUUAAUAGCAAAAUGAUAUAAAAAUCUCUCUUUUGUAAUAAAACAGAAACCAUGCACUGAAACAUUGAUUUGGAGGCUACACAUUAAUGGCUAGAUUUUUCCAGGGAGAAGAACAUAGACAAUUGCAUUCCAGAUUUUAAAGUGUACUUUUAUUAUUUGACAAGAAGAUAAUAUUUCCAAGGUUCCUGGAAGAGUUUGUUUAUCUAGUUAAUACAGUGAACUGUUACCAGAAACUUAAUAAAUUGCCAUAAAGGAAGAGAAAACUUACCUAGCUAUUACUUUUAUCAGAUAGACCAGUUAAUUAUAUUUCUUUAAAUCAAAGUCUAAAUACUAGAGGAAGAAACUAAAAAGCAUUUUUUACUCAAGUAAUUUCCUUCCUCGCCUUAUGACCAAAUUUAUCAUCAAGAUGAAAACACGAUCAGAAUAUACUUUAUAGUUUUGGGGAAAUCUUACUUCUUUUUGCUGUUUUUUUAUGCCAGAGAUCAAACUCAGGGCCUCACAACCUGAGGAGCAUGUGUUUUAUGACUGAGCUAUCAUAUCUCUGGCCCAGAAAUCUUACAUUUCUUUCAGACAGUGUACUUUCCUCUUUCCUUGAAGUCACUGUUAUGUUGGUAACUUUUUUUUAUUUUGCUGUGCUGUUUUGGAGCUGUCCUUAGAUUAAGUUUGACCCAGUGGUCUUGCUAUAAAAAAGGAAAUGAAUUACUGGAUCCAUUCCCCCCCACACACACACAUUUUCUGCAGACUUGUACAUUUAUCCAUAGGAAUCCUUGGUUUAGGAAUUAAUAUAUCAUGAGUGAUGGAGGUCAAAGCAUAUCUCAAGUGGUCUGAUCUCAAGAAGUACUUUGAUAUUCUUAGAUCCUUUACCUAUGGUUUCAUCUUCAAAUUUUCUUCAAGAAGCCCUUGGCUAGGCCAAAGGAAGUGUACAAUAAACCAUACCGAAAGAAUAUCAGUAAGUCAGAAACUUUGGCUAUCUUUUUAAACAUUUCUUAAUUCAUGGAAAGAUGCCACAUUUUAGUGUUCAGAAUUUUAAAUUGUGAAAUUAUAUUCAUUUCUCUUUCUCUUACUCCUUUGGUUGGAGCUGGGGUUGAACUCAGGGCUUCCUAUAUUGGAAGCAGAUGCUCUUCUACUGGGCUAUAUCCCCAGUCUCUCCCUCUUCCUCCUCCUCUUCUUUUUUUAAUAAGCUUUUUGUUAUAUUGCUACUAUUACAUUAAUUAAUAAAUUAAUUGGCCUUACAGUAAGUUGAUAAUGUUUCUUAUUCAGGAAGGCCCAUUUUUGAAAAUAUGUUGUUGAGUUCUUCUUCUAGCGUUUGCCCUUCUUCCGUAGCCAGUCAACAGCGUCAGGUUGAGCCUGAUGAUUGCUUGUUGCUGGCUUUGAAAGUGACUGGGAUCCAUGUGGAUUCAGUCAGCUAGGAAGGAUCGUCAGUUUCCCCAAUAAAUGUUGUUGAGUUAAACAUACCUAUAAACUCAUAUUGUGUUGUCAUGAUGGAAGGAUGGUAGAGUUGGCAAAUAACUGGGAGCUCCUAGUUAGACUAUUGUUAAUGUAGUUCCACCAUCAGAUAAAUAUUAUUAUCUUUAAUGAAGCACAAAUGUAUUCUCAUUAAACGUAUAAAAUGAAACAGAAAACUGGUGUGUAGACACAGUAUGGGUUAGUAAUUGAGUAGCCUCUGGAAUAAAUCUGAGUUGCAAGAAAGAGUGAAAUAAGAUACUAAAUCUUUGAGUUGUGCUGAUUUGAAGUGGUCUUAAGCCAGUAUUUAUAACAAUAUCUCAGGAGAUCUUUAUAGCUGAAUUAUUCACCUUAUACAGUUGUUGAAAACCUUAAAGGAUUUUCUUCCUCAGUGUUCACUGAUGGUUGUUGAUCAUCGUUUGACCUUUUGUUUUUUUGUGAAACAAAACUGCACCAGCAUACAUAGAGUAGGGUGACUUGAGGUCAAAAUACUAAAAGUUACAUUAUAUAUAUCUUAAUGAGUAGAAUUGGUUAGCUUGAACAAGUGGCUCUUCCUUUCCUGAAUUCAAACACACACACACACACACACACACACAAACUCAGUAAAUUCACUUUGGAGUCCGUAGUUAUUAGCUGUGGGAUUUGUUAGGUUUGUUUUCACUGGAGCCAGAUGAACAGGCAUAUGAUGAUAACAGUGUCUUGGAAAUUGAGUUUCCCAAAGAAGUGUCCAUGAGCUUUGAAAUGUCAGAAAUGGGCAAAUUUAUUAAAUCUUUUCUACCAAUGUCACUUUAAAAAAGGUUCCCCUUUUUUUCUGUAGUAUUGCCUGCAGCAAUCCAUUACAGUCAUUCGUGCAUGGUAGAGUUUAAAUAAAGCUAAUGUCUGGCCAAAACAUACUGUCUGUCCUUCACACACACACCCUCCCCCAAUGAAGCUGGGGCUGGUUUUGUAUUUUGAGGCAGCAUGUUUCAGCUGUGAAAUGCACGCGCUGUGAGCACUGAGCUGAGUGCAUGGGAAUUGUUAUGCUUCUCAUUUUAUGUGAUCUAAUUGGUGUGUAGCGAAAAUAAUUUUUCUAAAAACUGUUUUGUUGCUUGUUUUGUAAUAAAACCAAGUGAAAUAUUGAA